AUGUCCACUCCCCAACACGCCGCGGACAGCCCUUCGGGGUCUCCGUCCGGACCAUCCACAGAGAGAAAGGAAAGCAGUCCAGAGAAACUAGAGCAAGAAGCCCAGGAGACGGAGUCAGAAAAGAAAGCAGUACAGGAAUCAGAAAGGAAAGCAGAGCCCGAGUCGGAAGAGAAAAAAGAUGGAAAAAAUCAAGAACAGCAAAAUGAUAAUGAUGAUGAUAAUGAUGAUGAUGAUGAUGAAAGCUCCGAUCCUCCACUUCCGAACGAAGAACCCCCUCCUCUACCUAACGAGGCUCCCCCCGGCGAGGAUGACGGCUGGGAACCCGUUUGGGACCCCUCCGCCCAAGCCUACUACUUCUACAACCGUUUCACCGGCAUAUCCCAAUGGGAGAACCCGCGUGUUCCAUCAGAGGGAGUCGCGGCCGCGGCACCAGCUGAUGCCGCAGUCGACGCAGAAGACGCCGACCCGUCCCUAGCAUCUAGGAAACCAGCUGGCGUGGCCGGUGGGUACAAUCCCGCCAUCCACGGUGACUACGAUCCGACAGCGCCGUACGCGCAGCCGUACGAGGAGCCAUCGACGUCGAUGUCGACGGGGGUGGCAGCGGCGGCGGCGGCGGCGGCGGCGGCGUCGGCCGGGGUGCCGGGGAUGGACCCGACGGGGUCGUAUGCGGCGGUCGGAGCGUUCAAUCGGUUUACGGGACGGUGGCAGAGCGAUGCGCAGAACCCGGAACUACAUAAUGAUGACAAUAAGUCGCGACGGCAGAUGUAUGCGUUCUUCGAUGUGGAUGCGGCGGCCAAUAGUCACGAUGGACGCAGUCUGCGGGCGGAGCGCAGUGCGAAGAAGCUGAGUCGCAAGGAGCUGAAGAUGUUCAAGGAGAAGAGGCGCGAGAAGAAGGAGGAGAAACGACGGGCAUGGUUGAGGGAUUGA